AAAUAUAUGUCAAGUCAAAAUGAAGAAGAAAGCGAUGUCCAAGAUGUUGAUAUCAUCAGUAAGUACACGAGUGAUUACAACGGCGAGCAAUCGAGUCAACAACCCUAUUAGGAAUCACAUGAAUAUGAAAGAGUUGCUGAUGAUAUUAAAUCAGAUUACAUCUCACAUCAGGAAUCCUUCUUUGUUAAAUAGCCUCCCCUUUAGAAUAACAAUAAUAACAAUGCGGAAAACGAAGAAAUUGUUAAAUCAUGCAUGAAGAAGGCCUCUGCAAUCAACGAAUAAAUCAUGAUCCAAAGGAAAUAGCUCAAAGAUCAAUUCAAGGAGUUUUAGAAUGUAUUCGAAUUUACAAUGACUUUAGACCAUAAACGCUGCAAGAAGCAACCUUAAAGAUUAUGAUAUGCCUUAUCAGACGGCUCAUUUUCCUUUGUAUUUAAAGACUUAAGAAAAAUUUGUGGUGUUGCCUGCUUAAAAUCUAAAUAUUAGGAAAGGGACGGUUGAAUCCUUCAUCAAGACCAAUUUGGAAAAUGAGAAUUCAGUUAAGAAAGCAGAGCAAGACAAAAGAGUGGCAUUUAAGCAACGAAGACCGUACCAGAGAAGAAAAUUCGAUUCUUGAUUAUAAUGAGACAUCAUUUAAUCGUAUUUAGU